UCUUUGACAGGAUUUCAAUUCUGAUCGUUAGUUUGUUUGUUGUUUCUCAUUUAUAAUUAAUUAAACAUUUUAAAUGUUUUUAAUUAAACACUCGAAAAGUGAGCAAACCAUUGGAUUAAAUUACUGGUUAACCUGAGAUUUCCUAUUGAUCAUCUUUACUUCAUUUUCUUCAUCUUCUUCUCAUUUAGAAUUUCUUGUUGAGGCAAAAAAAAAAGUUAACUGCAGAACAAUUAAUAAUUGAUACAUUUGCCAGUAAAUUGAGACAAAGGAAUAAAUUAAAUUUUCAUCACUUAAUCAACCAUAUACACCUACUUGUCCAUGUCAAGAAUGAUUCUAGACUCAUCCUAGAAGUUGAAUAAUCACCAAUGGUGCCAGUUAUUAUGUUAAUGUUGUUAUGCCAUUACAAUUAUCAUCUUCUGCUCUCUGGCUAAUAUAUUUUUUUGGUAUUCUACCAAUACAACUACCACAACCACUACCAUUACCAUCAUCACCAUCAACAGUACUACUAAACCACCCAAAGAAAAAGAUUUGUGAUCCAUCAACAUGCAAAUGGAAAAGGUAAAUGAUACUCGUGAUUUAGAGCAAGUGGGAGCUCGUCUCAUCGAGAAUGGAGCUUAUGCUCAGGAUAAGAUCGCCUCCAUGACCGCUCAAUUGAGUAGAUUAGCCUCUGAUUUUACCACCAGUUGGGAAGAGCGAACCACCAUACUCAAUUUAACUGCUACCUUUUAUCAACACGCUGAACAUUAUUUUAGAAAUGGUGAAACUUGGUCUCGACAAUGUGAAGGUCCUUGUUUUAUACCAAAUGAACUUAGGGAAUUGGAGGAAAAAGUUCAUCAAUCAAAGAAACUGCUUGAUGCAAUUAACCGAGCAUAUAAUGAUGUGAUCACCAGUAGUAAUAAACUAUGUUAUCAACUUAACCAUUUCAUUAGUUUCUGCUAUCAAUGUAAAUUUAAUCCUUCAUCAUCUUCAUCAACAACAACAGCAGCAACGGAUAACAAUUUUAUUUCAUCUUCAUCUUCAUCUUCAUCUACAUCAACCCCAUCACCUCCUUCAUCAUCCAGUAGACUUAGAAAUCCGAAAGCUGAUUACAAUGAGGCAACUAAACAUAUUCUCGCAGUAACUCAUCGUAUCACCUCACAUUAUCGUCGAAUAGAAUCUCUUUUAGAGUCUAAACGUCAAAGGUUACACCUUCGUUUCUCUUUGGCACUUUUUAAUGAUGAUGUGCGACAAGUAAUGGAUUGGAUUAGUACUUGUGGUGAGAGUAUGUUGACCAAAAAUUUUGGUAUUGGUAAAAUUUGAAACAGCUCAAGAAUUACAAAGAAUCACCAACAAUUGGAAAAUUAUGCUCAAAAUACUUAUAAUAAUGUGGAAAAAUUGAGAAGAGCUGCCGUUGAAUUUGCUCGAACCGGUGAAUGUGAUCGUGAUGAAAUCUAUCGAAUACGUGAAGAGAUGGUUGAACAUUCAGAAAGAUUUAAACAGCGAAUUGAAAGACGUCGACGACAUUUAGAACUUGGAAUACGAUUUUUUGAGAAAGAAAAAGAUCUCAACCUUUACUUUGAGGAAUUGCAAAAUUAUUAUCGAGCAACAGAUAAACCAAUCGAAGCACCAAAAACCAUCGAAGCCUGUGAAAGUAAUUUAGACCAAAUUUUAGAGCAACGUGACAUUGUGGUGGCCACAGUUUUACCCGCCAUCAAUGAAGGAGAAACACUUUUACAAGAGUUACGAGUUCUACUCAAUUCUCCAGCAAGUGAUGGAGAUUCAGCUUAUGAAGGAAGCUCAUCCAAUUCAUCAUCUUCUUCAAAUUGUCAGAAUUCACCUUCUUCUCUUAAAUCAUCUAUCCAAGCAAUUGAAACUUCAUUAGAAAAUUUUAAACGUAUGGCCAAUACAAUUGAAGAAUUGUGGAAUAAUAGGAAAUUUAAGAUGGAAUUGUGUCUACAAUUAAGAUUAUUCGAAAAGGAUGUAGCCAAUGUAAUUAAUGAGAUACAAAUUUACAAAGAGGAAGUUCGAAGAAAAUACUCAGCUGAUAUUCUUUUCGAGGAUCUUCAUUGUGCCGAACGUGCUCUCCAAGAACAUAAUGAUCUAUUCAGUCGAGUUCAAAGGCUAUGUUAUGAUGCAUUUAGUAGAGGAGAAAAUCUAAUCCAGGUUUUUGAAUCAUGUUCCUCUUCAAUAAUGAUUCUUGCCGAUUGCGGUUUUGAUUUAGUUCCAUCAACUCAAAAUUCUCGUCGUAUCACCGCAUUACAAAUAACCCAAUUACUUUUAGAAUUGCUGAGAGAUAAAGAGAUGGACAUUGAAGAUGUCGCUGAAACAACUCGAGGUCAUCUCGAACAGCGUGUUCACCUUUGCCAAUUUGAAUCAGAAGCGAAACAAGUACUUAGCUGGAUAAAAAACGCUGAAUCAAUGUUAUCAGCCUCUUUCACGAUACCUCAGUCACUUACGGAAGCUGAAAAUCUCAGAACUGAACAUGAACAUUUUCAAGUAGCAAUUGAGAAAACACAUACAUCAGUUUAUCACCUUCAACAGAGAGCAGAAAGUGCGAUACAAAAUGAUAACGUUAACCCGGAAAGGAUUCACUUGAUUCUUGCUGAUGUUAGUAAAAUGUGGCAAACGCUUAUGGCUCAAGCUGAGGCUCGCAACAAGUUGGUACAAGCUAGUCUUAAUUUCUACAAGACCGCUGACCAGGUCAGAUCUGUACUCGAAAGCCUUGAGAAACAAUAUCGAUCUGAGGAAGAUUUUUGUGGAGCCUGUAACAUUGAAGGUCAUCUUAAUAGUCCAGUAACAAUAUCACUCAAUGAUUCUGAAAGUGAAACUGGUGAUAAAAAGAUUGCUCAGAUAAUCUCUAAACAUCAAGAACAAAAGGAAGCAUUUCACAAGGCGACAACUUUAGCUCGUCGAAAUAUGGAAUCUUUUAUUCGCUAUGCACUUUUCUCAAUGUCCAUUUAUCAUCAUAAUAAUCAAACUGGACCCAAGUAUCGAAAUGCUGAAAAUAAAGUUAACAAUAUUAUGGAUUUUAUAACAGUACAAGAAGAAAGGACAAUUGAUUCAUGGACCGAAAGGAAAAAGAGACUUGACCAUUGUCAGCAAUACGUUUUGGUUGAACAUUCUGGUCGACAGGCUAUCAAAUGGAUAAGGGAAACGGGUGAAGUUUGGCUUAAUAAACAAUUGGCUCGUAAUUUAUCAACAGCGGGAAAAGAUGAACUUGAAGAGGCUCAUAAGUCUCUUACUGAAUUUAGGAUACAGGUGAAAGAAACCAAGGAAAAAGUUAGACUGUUAAUUCAGCUGUCGGAAAAUUUAAUCGAGCGAGGUCACAUUCACUGUCACGCUAUCAAAUAUUGGUGUAACCUGGUUGAGAAAACGUUUAAAGAAUUUAGUAAAUCACUUGAUCAAUAUAAGCGUCGAUUAGAGGAUCAAUUGGGUUUAGGAAAAUCAAGCGUUUCUGGUGAAAGUGUCAAAGAAGAGUCUGGAGUUGGUGGUAUCUCAGUGGGCGGAAGCUCAGCCGGUGAUCGUAGUUCCGAUUCCUCAUUGGAAAGUAAAUUAAGUCGAGACAAGGCUUCCAUUUAUACCAAUUCAAGUGGAUCAAGUUCAUCAACCAGUGGCGUAAAUUCUGGUGGUAAAAGUGGAUUGAUUAACCAUAAAUCAUCAGAUGAAUUUCAACAUUUAACUGCUGAUCAACUUGAAGUGAAACGUAAAAUAGUCAGUAAACGGGAAUUGACCAUGAGUGAACUACUUCAAACGGAGAAAAGUUAUGUUAACGAUCUUCGAACCUGUUUGAACACUUAUCUAGCAGAAUUCAGAACAAAAUCAGCUGAUGAUCAGUUUUUCAAAGAAAAAGAAAGUAUCAUUUUCGGUAAUAUUGAACAAAUCUACAAUUUCCACAAUGACAUUUUUCUUAAAGAAUUGGAAAAAUAUGAAACUAUGCCCGAAGAUAUCGGCCACUGUUUCGUUACUCGAGCUCGUUCAUUUGACGUCUAUGUAAAUUAUUGUAAAAACAAACCCGAUUCUAAUGCAGCUCUAAUGAUUCCAAAGAUUUUCUCAUUCUUCGAGGAUGUUCAACGUAAACACGGUGUCCUACAUCCAAUCGCUGCUUACCUGAUCAAACCCGUUCAACGGAUAACAAAAUAUCAGCUACUAUUGGACAAGUUGCUCUCUUACUGUGAGGAGGGUCUACAGGGUGAGAUUAAGGAUGGCCUGGAAGUGAUGCUUUUGGUGCCUAAGAAAGCCAAUGAUGCUUUACACUUGAGCAUGUUGGAAGGAUGUGAUAUUUCAAUUAACCAAUUGGGAGAGGUGAUAAUGCAAGAUUCUUUCCAAAUAUUUGACCCUAAAUCACUUAUACCCUCACGGAAACGACGUGAAAGACGAGUCUUCCUUUUUGAACUGUACAUAGUAUUUGCCAAAGAAGCCAAACCUGAUCUCAAUCAAAUGAACUCCAAUUCAAGUAACAAUAACUCAAAAAACAGUAACACCUCAAGGGACAAUUGUAACCGAGGUCGUUAUAUGUUUAAAAGCCGCUACAUGACCGCUGAAAUUGGCCUUGCAGAAACGGUUGACUCGGACGAGUGUAAAUUUGCCAUUUGGACAAAUGGAGCAUCAACUCGAGGUCCCAAUUUUCAAGAAAAUAAGAUUAUCCUUAAAGCGCCAACAAUUGAGGUUAAAAGUUUAUGGAUAAAAAAGAUGAGGGAGGUUAUUCAAGGAAGUUACUUUACUACCAGAAUAUCAACACUUAACCUAACCAAACCCAUUGGUGAUUCCCGAUCAAAUGGUAAACAAACCACCUCUUCAUCAACAACCACAACAACAACAACAACAGGCAACACCAGUACCACCGCCAUGACUACCAACAGUGGAAACAAUAACCUCGAUCAACCAUCAACAAAAUCGUCAAAUAUCAACAAUCCACCGGCGGUAACAGCAACUCCACUCUCCAAUAACAAUAACAGCAAAGAUAAUAACAAUGUCAUCACUUCUGGAUUAACAAUUUCAUCAGACGUUUUAACAACAAAAUCAUCAUCGUCCUCAAAUUAAAUUCUCACAAUUUAAGCAAUUAAAUGCAGAUUCUCAUGGAUGUGUUGCUAAGUCAUCCAUUCUCAUCCACCCGCCCUCCUCCUACUCAUCCUCACAUACACAAAUACACACACACAAACACCAUGUCUUUAACCCUCUUACCCACCCACCCGAUUAAACUCAACAAAUUUCUCUCUCUCUCUCUCUCUCUCUUGAAUUUUUAAAAAAACUCUAGUCCUGUGAACAAAGAAACAAGUAAUUAACUCGCCGAGCAUAAUUUUAUCUUUGUGGAUCAAAAUUGACCUUUUUCCCGACUCUCCGCUCUCAUCAUCUUACUCUCAUUGUCCCAUCUCUUUGCGAGUGAACAUUUUAAUUCAAAAAAGUUGAACCAAAACUAUUUUUCCCUCUUUAAUCAUCCUCAUCAUUUAUCAUCACUCUUUCAUCAUCCAUUGUAUUUAAAUAUUUCCUUGCAAAUUGAUUGGUUUUAACGAAAAAAAAGUUAACAAUUGAUAACAAUUAACCAGAGACAAAGGGAAAAGGAAAACAAGUCAAUUUAAAAACAAUUAUGUGUUAUAUUAUUAUUAUUAUUAAUUAUUAACUAUUAUUACUAUUAUUAUAAAUAAGUAUAAAUGUAAUUCUUGCAUAAUUAAGGAAAACUAAUUGUAAUGAAAGGAAAAAAAAGAAAACACCAAAUUAAAAUAAUUGUAAUGAGAAUGUGAUUUUCUUGCUUGUGUUAACCGAAUCGAGUCCGAUAUUUUAAUUCGGAUCAUUUUGUAUGAACGAAGAAAUAAAAUUCUGUUUUCAGUGAAUUGAUGAUAAA